AUGGCGCCUGCUGCUGCUUCCACUGGCAAGGGGAGCGCGAUCAAGAGCCUGGGCAAGGCCCGCUGUGGUACUCCGAAGCCUGGGCGCGCCGACCCGCUUCAGAAGCGAGACCUGUGGAACCCGCCUGGUCCUGCAUCGCCGCUCGCCCCUUCCGACGGCGAGGUUGACGCCGCUGUUCACCUCGGCCUGGGCAUGUCGCUCGACGCCGAUGAGGCUGCUGACAGCGGCGUGGUCGACUUGAUCAACGAUGAUGGCGGAGCGGUCGGCCAGAAUGGCGAGCAGGAGGGGCCGCUGGCCGAUCGCAUACUUGUGAUUGUGGCAAUCAUCAACUCGAACAUGGUUACGAAUUCCGCGUUGGAGGAUUUCAUUCAGAAGGCUGACACUCAGGUGGCCUUCCUCGUGGCGCGCAUGGACGACGUCGACUCGUGCAUGAGCGCGCUGGAGGACGCGCUGGGGGCCGCGAUGCUCACUGCGCUCGACGGGCGGGUGGCCGCGCUCACGUCCGAGCUCAUUGACCAGCUGCCUGUCAUGAUG